UAAUCAGGAAAUUGAAAUUGUUGCUUUUAGCUAGCUUAAUAUGAGCUGAUGAUCCUUAAGGCUUAAGGCACGUACAGCACAGUAUCAUAGUUUAUGGCAAGAGCGCGUGUGCACGUGCGGCAAGAUCUGGUCCGACCUUCAAUUGCGGCGGGAAGGUUACGUGCCAUGUUGCACUCUGUGGAUACCCGAGACUGGUUGGGACACGACUAACUGGAUAUGGAUAUAUGGGACUUCUAACCAAAUGAGGGAUAACGGUGUUUCGUAGAGAUUAUUAACUGAUUUAACUGAUAAAGCGAUCAGUAAAGAGAAAACUAUAACAAAUAAAUUGAAAAACAAUAUCUUGAAUCAAGAUGAGUGUCAUUAUUCGGUUGCAAAACCUGCCGUGGACGGCAAAUGCUCGGGACAUACGAAAUUUCUUCACUGGCCUCGCGAUACCGGAGGGCGGUGUUCACAUUAUCGGUGGCGAAAUGGGCGACGCUUUCAUCGCUUUCAGCACCGAUGAGGAUGCCCGUUGCGCCAUGUUAAAGGAUCGCGAGAAACUGAUGGAGGUACAGGUGCGUUUGCUGCUCUCUUCGCGUGCCGAAAUGCAAAAGGUAAUCGAGACCGCUCGCAAGGUGAGCUCUGUGGCUGCCCCGACUGUGCCUGUGCCAAAGCCGGUGUCCAUGCCACCGGUGCCACAGUCGCCCAUCAUUGGUGGCCUGAAUAGCUUUCUGCAAGGCCAGCAGCUGGCACCAGUGGCUGCUCCCGUUGUGGCCCCACCAGUGGCCACCACACCAUCAUUUAUAUCGGCAUAUCAGCAGCAGGCAGGCAUCUCGCUGGCCGACGUGGACGGCCCGAUAGUUGAUAGGCGUUCGCAGGAGCAGUCGGCAUCGCUUAGCUCGCGUCGCCGUCACAGCAGUCGUAGUCGCAGUCGCAGCCGUAGUCGUUCCACCAGCUCCGAUGACAGCGAGCACGCUCGUCCCUUCAUCGAACGUGGACGCAAGCGACGCUCGGAGCUGCGCGGCGACAGCAGCGAGCGUGAGCUGAAAGUGUUGCCAAAGGUGGCACCAGUGGCCAACAGUGGCAUUGGUGUUGCCACUGCCAAUCUGCUGCCCUGGGCACUGGGCGCCAGCUUGACGUCUGCUCCUGCAUCAGCAGCAGUUAAUCUGCCCGGUCUGACCUCAUUGCCGCCAGUCUUAUCUAAUGUGCCUGGCCAGCAGCAGCAGCAGCCGCUUGGCAUAAUGAGCGUGCUGCCGCCGGUGCUGCAAAGCUAUAGCACCGCCAACAACUACAAUCUCAAUGUCACAGCUGCAACACAGCCGCCACAAAAGUUGCCCGAUAACCAGGUAAAUGCGAGCAUUGGAUUAGCCCAGCAACAGGAGUCCAUUGCGUUUGCCAAUGUCAAUCCGUAUGCCCAAAUGUAUCCGCAGCUGUUUCAGCAGCAACAGCAGCUGUUGCUUCAGCAGCAGGCAGCUAAAAAUGCUGCCGGCAGCUCACCGGGGGGCGGUCCAGCUGCACCUGGUGGUGCUUCUGCUGGCGUCGGUGGUGGUGGUGGAGGCUCCUCCGCAUCAUCAGGUGCUGUGCUUGUGGCGGAAACGUGCUACAUCAAAAUUAGCGGCAUGUGUCCCAGCACAUCGUACAGUGAUCUGCGCAAAUACUUUGCCGGCCUCUAUAUACCCCACAAUGGCAUCAAGAUCAUUAGCGGCGCCAAUGGAACACGCACGGGCAUUGCGUACAUUGAAUUCUCUCGCGUGUCCAGCGCCCAGAAAGCUCUCUUGCGCAACAAUACCAUGUUCCGGGAUCGUUUGGUGCAAAUAACGCCCAUAGGCGAUGAGGAGUUCGAGCAGGCAGAUGAACGCUCGCAACGCUCCUCGGCAUCCCAAUCUCACCAUCAGCAUGGCCACAAGAACGAUGAUCGCUCGGCGCCUGCUGGCCAACCACCCAUCACUACCAAUGUGCUCUAUGUUGAGGAUUUGCCGCAGCUGACCACCGAGCAGGACAUUAUGAAAAUGUUCUCCGCCACGUGCACCAUUGUGGACAUCCUGUUGGCGCCCAGUCCCAUCAAUCGUCGCGAAUUCGUUGCCUUUGUUCUGUUCGCGCGAGAGAAUGAGGCACGCUCCGCUCUCGAGGAUCAAUCUCGGCAUUUCAUUGGGUUUCGCAAGUUGCGCGUGCGCGCCAGCAACAUGGCGGAGAUGCAGAGCUCCAAGGAUAAGCAGCGACGCGCUGCCGAGCAACUGCAAAAGGAGGAGCAGCAGCAGCGCGAAGAUGCUGAACGCGAACAGGCGAGCAAACAACUACAACAACAGAUGCAACAGCAGCAGCAGCAGCAGCAACAACAACAACAACAACAACAGGAACUGAUGGCCAUGGCCAAAUUCAACAAUGAUCCGCGUCGACGCAAUCACGAUUCGCAGCAGCCGCAGCAAGAACAACAGCAACAGAGCAACACACAUAAAAAUAAUAACAACAACAACAGCCACAACAAUAUCCCAGCGUUUACCAACACUGCCAUGCAUAACGGUAACAUGCCGUUUGCAUUUCAACAUCAAAAUAACGGCAUAAAUAUGAUGAACAAUCACAACAACCACAAUAACACAAUGGGCCCAUUUGGCAUGCCACACAAUAACAACAACAACAACAUCAAUCAACAAAUGAUGCAACCUGGUGGCAAUCCUCGUCGCCCAGAGGACAUGUUUGUGCGCGUCCAUAACUGUGAAUACGCGACGAGAGUCAACGACUUGGGUGAAUUAUUCGUGUCGGAAAAUCUGCGCAUCGAGCACAUUGAGAUGCUGUUCAACGAGCGCAAUCAGAGCGCCGGCGAGUUUAUUGUGGAGUUUGCGGAUGCGCACAAUGCCAAAAUUGCCAUUCGUGAGUUUCACAAUCGUCGCUUUCGUGGCCGGGGCCUGCGGUUGGCGCCCGUCACGCCGCAGGAGAUUGCGGAUCGUAUGAAUAAACCGUUCAUGGACUAUCUGCCCGGUGGCAAUGGGCCGCGACUAUCGGAUGCAGAUGCGCCGUUGCCACCACCAAUGCAGCAGCAGCAGCAGCAAAUGCAAAAACAGCAGGAUCAACAACAGCAACAACAAACAUCGCGUCGUCGAGGUCCAAGUCGCUUUGAUGAUGUCAGCGAUCGUGUAGCACCACACCAGCAGCAGCAACAACAACAGCAGCAACAUCAACAGCAGCAACAACAAUCGCUGGUGUCGCCAAUUGAUAGCGAUAAUGGCAACAAUACCAAGCAGCACUUUAAUCCAUUCGCCGUGCGCACUGGGUCAGAGCUAACUAUCGAUGCACCUGCUGUAAGUCCACCGACCAUACUGUUGCCCAAUGGUAUUGGUGUUGGCGACUCUGCUCCGCCGGACGAUGGCAUACCCGAUAAGUUCAAUCGGCCUGGCUGUGUCGUGGCCAUGCGCAAUGUCCCCUUCAAGGCGGACCUCAAGGACAUACUGCGCUUCUUCAGCGAUUACAAACUCAGUCCCGAUGAUAUUAUACGUCGCUUCAAUGACGAUGGCAAACCCACGGGAGAUGCACGCGUUGCCUUCGAGUCAGUGGUGGAGGCGCGCUCAGCCUUUGAGUCGCGGCGGCGUAAGCAGAUCUUCAACCGCACCGUUUACUUGGACAUUAUUUAAGCCGAUAAUCGAAUUGCAAAUGUAAAUAGUAGAUAUUAUUAAGUUAGGCUAGGGUAGGUUAAACAUGGUACUAAGCCAAAAAUGCAGAUGGUGGCACUGCUGCCAAAUGCCAACAACAGUUGUUAAAUAUUAAUUAUCAUAACUAUUACAUAAACU